GAUUUGGAAAGGUUGGCAUGUAUGCGUUUAGUUCCAGUAAGACGGGGUUUUUUUUCUUUCUCAUCUCUUAACUUUGAGUUGACUUCCUUUGACAGACUUAACCCCGAGCACGAAACGCCCACAGCUUGUGACAGGCUGCGUGCACGCGCGCAGAACACACACAGAGGCUCGAGGCAAACACCGUCCUGUCGCAAAAAUGGCGAGGUUAAGCGAGCAUGGGAUUCGCCUGAGUUCCAUGAGUCCUUCCUUCCUGAACAGCAACUCUACCAGUCACACCGGGCCCUUCAGCGCGGUGGCAGAGUUAAUAGACAAUGCAUCUGAUCCCGGGGUGUCCGCUAAACAGAUCUGGAUAGAUGUAGUUAAAAGAGUGGAUCACCUGUGCUUUACCUUCACUGAUAAUGGUAGCGGCAUGACUCCCAACAAACUGCACAAGAUGCUCAGCUUUGGUUUUACAGAGAAGGGUUCAGGGAGAGCCGGUCAUCCGGCCAUCGGUGUGUAUGGGAACGGUUUCAAGUCCGGCUCCAUGCGCCUCGGCCGCGACGCUCUCAUUUUCACCAAGAACGGUGGCUGCCAGACUCUGGGAAUGCUGUCUCAGACCUACCUGGAAAACAUCAAGGCCCAGGCUGUCAUUGUCCCCAUCGUCCCCUUCAACCAACAAACCAAGUCUCUGGUGGUGACGGAGGACUCGGAGGCCAGCCUGGCAGCCAUCCUCAAACACUCCAUCGUCAGCACCCAGGAGGAGAUACAGGAACACUUUGACUCCAUUCUCUCCAAAAAAGGCACCAAGAUAUUAAUCUGGAACAUCCGCAGAGGCAAAGAUGGCAAGACACAGAUCGACUUUGAGAGCGAUGUGACCGACUUCCGUUUGCCCGAGAUUGAUAUCACGGAGCUGAAGAAGGGUGUGAGGAACAGCAGCUCCCUGAAAACAGAACACAACAUUCCUGAAAUGCACUACAGCCUCAGGGCCUACCUCAGUAUCUUGUAUCUGAAGCCGAGGACACAGAUCAUACUGAGGGGGAAGAAAAUUCUGGCUAAGCUGGUGUCGAAGAGUCUGAAAUUUAUCGAGCAUGAUGUGUACAAACCCCAAUUCAGCAAAGACAAGGUGAAGGUGACGUUUGGGCUGAACCCGAAAGACAAAGAGCACUGUGGCAUCAUGAUGUACCACAGGAACCGACUCAUUAAAGCCUACGAGAAAGUGGGCUGCCAGCUGAAGGCUUCAGGUCAAAGGGCAGGAGUUGGGGUCAUCGGUGUCAUUGAGUGCAACUUCCUCAAACCUGCUCACAACAAGCAAGACUUUGAAUACACCAAAGAAUACAGACUCACCCUAGGUGCUUUGGGCCUAAAACUGAAUGACUACUGGAAAGAGGUUACAGAGAAGAAAGCCAGAGAGCGAGAGUUUCAGGCUGUGGAAAGAAAUGAAAAUGAAGACCAGCCUGACUCUGACGAGGGUCCUAUAUGGCUACAGUGUGAAGAGUGCCUGAAGUGGAGAAGCGUCCUGUCAAGUCAUUACAAUACGAUCCCUGAGAACUGGAACUGCAGCCAGAACCUCAACCCUCGCUACAGAAGCUGCUCUUCACCAGAGGAAGCAGAAGACAGCGAGGAGAUGUUAACACCCAGCUACCAGAAAAACCACAAGAAACAAGAGCAUCCAAAAAAAAGAAAACGAGAAAAGUCAUUGGAGGUAUCUGAGUUUCAGGACCAAUCGCUUCAACAUCAAAUCCUCUCACGCAGUUCAUCAGAGCCGAGCCGGCCCACUUUCCAGUCCACACACACACCUGAUGACACUAGAGCAGCAGGCCAACGCACACAACACACAGAGGAAACCCCAGCGGAGCGAGAUCCGACGGGCACAGAUCCCCUGGCAGAUUAUUAUACAGACACACAUGACGAUGUACAGACACAAAGUACAGUCAUACAACGCAGGCCUGUUGGAAGAGGCACAGUUAUUAAAGACAAAACACAAGUCACACAAAGUGAGACUCAUGAUCUCAGGCUCGGAGAUAGAGAGAGCCCGUUGAACAUGAAGAAAAGAGUAGAGGAGCCCACAUUAAGCCUCAAAAGGAAACCAGGAUCGUUAUUUUACUGUGUAAAAAAUAAGCCAUAUCUUAUGGAGAAGCAACAACCUGAAGACUUGACCGAAAAGAUGAACCCUGUACAACAAACACAGAGACCUGAGACACUGUCCUCAAAGAAGACCAAGGGCAGCAGCAGCCGAGUAGAGAAGCCAUCUGACGCGGCACAGCGACCCCCCACCAGCCUCACCUGGAACCCCUCCCUCCCCCUUGCUCAGACCGUGAUGGUUUCUCCUCUGAGUCGGACCGAGGGCCCUUGGAGCCGACCCCUGCCCUCAGAAGGGAUUGACCUGGAAGCUCAUGUGCAGAAGCUGGCUUUGUUAGAGAAAGAGGCCCAGAAGGUGCGCAGGCUUCUCGGGCUGGAGAUCUCCAAGACAACUCAAGGCACCAUGACGACUUGCUCCGAAUCCACAGCCAGCCGAGCGGUCGGCUGCCAGACGGACGCGGCUGAGAGCUCUACUUCAUCCAGGAACCCGGAUCCAGGAGAUCAGGGGCUGGUCUUCGCUGGUCAGAGAUCUGUGUGUGGGCCGAAAGAACAGCCUGAGCACAACAUACCUAAAAAGGACAAGACAGGACCUUCUGGCAGGGUGAGAGUCGGGGACAGCGAGGCCUGUGAAGACAACAGAUCUUCCCAGGAGAAUCUGCGUGUUAUCCGUAACAACGUGGUGGUGCUCCUCACAGCCCUCCUGCCCCAGCUGGACCUGGCGGGCAUCAGCCUGGAGACCAGUGACGUGGACAACAUCCUGCAGCAGAUCAUAGAAGUCAACUCGCUGAAACUAUCAUCAGAACUCCAUUAAAUCCAACACGUUUUUGAUAGCAGAGAAUAAUGUUUCUUACUAUAUGCAAAGUUUGGCCUUUAAUUGAAAGACGUAGUGUUUAGAGUUAUAAUACACGCCCUUUUGCUGCUUGCAGACACAUUUUCGUUUUGCUCACAUGUAUUGUUUUGAAUCUGUUUCUUUUGCUUGUCAAUGUUAAACGUUAUUAUUUUGGAACUCAAAGCAGAUGAUUUGCCUCCAGAAGGGUUUUUACUGCCCCAUUGCUGUGAAAUCUUAGCCUUUUAAUGAAAAAUUCUGUCUUUAUUUUAAAAGUGUGAUUCUUUGCUAUUUUGCUGUUUUUACUGACUAUUUAAAUACGUUUUAUACACAUGGAGUCAAGAUGAAGCCAUGCUUUUUCUAGAUUUGUUCAAACAUCCAAAGAGACGUUUCACAUUUGCAUUAAAAUACUGAAACCAUU